AUGGCUGCUCCUACAGAACAACACAUGCAAGAUGCAAAAAGAGUGCUCUAUUAUCUAAAAGGUACGUUGUCAUUCGGUUUGUUCUACAAGAAGGGAGUUGUUAAAGAAUUAACAGUCUAUACGGAUAGUGAUUAUGCUGGAGACAUAGACGAUAAAAGGAGUACAAGCGGAUAUGCAUUUCUUUUGAGUGGAGGAGCUUUAGCUUGGGCAUCUAAGAAACGACAUGUUGUAACGUUAUCCACGACAAAAACCGAAUUCGUUGCAUUCGCUUAUUGUGCUUGUCAAUGCAUUUGGAUGAGAAGAAUUCUAGAGGAGUUUGGGUUGACAUUGUCAGGAAGCACUACAAUAAUGUGUGAUAACAGUUCAACUAUCAAAUUGUCAAAGAAUCAUGUUCUUCAUGGUUGA